UUGUCAUUUCCUCUCCAUUAAAACGGUCCUUUUCUUUUACAUUCUUAUUUCUUUGCCAAAAUUACCUCAAAAAUUGCUCUUCAAAAUUUCUUAAGAGCAAAAUGCAAACCACUCAAGUAAAGUAUAUUCCUUUAAUUUCAAAUUCAAUUCGAAAGACCAAUAAUUUUCCUUCAACAAAUCUUGCAUUUUGCAAAAAUGCCAUAGUUUCUUCCAAUUAUAGCCAUUUGCAGAAACAACCAAUUAUAUCAGCAUGGAAAAAGAAAAGGCAAUCUGGGUCUAUUAGAUCAACAAAAAUAAUGCUACAAUCAGCCUAUUUUAUUGCAUCAAAGUUUAAGAUUUUACCAGAGCCAUUGGAUUCAAUUUUAAGGGAAUUUGGAGGUGGAAAUAGUGGAAAUGGAGGUGGGUUUGGGUUCGGGUCGGGUCAUGAUUGGGGAGGUUUUGAUGGGUUUAGAAGAAAAAGAAGAAAGAAGAUAAAUUGGGUAUUUUUUGGGGUCAUUUUUGCAAUUCUUGGUGUUGGAUUGUGGUUAAUUUUGAUGAAAAGAUUGGAUUUUGAUGUGUUUUUGGGGGGUUUGGGAUUAACCCUUUUUGGGUUUUCAGUUAAUGUGUGGAAAAGAGGGGUUUUUGAUUGGGCAUUAGGGUUUUGUUGUUGUGCUGCGUUGGUAGGGUUAUUUUUGAAAGAAGAUUUGCAGAAAUGGGCUAGAUUUGCAAGAAGAGAAGAUUUGAAGAAAUGGGUUAGUUUUGCAAGAAGAAGAAAAAGAAGGCUGUUUUAGCACAAAACUUCGUCGUAAAAAUGGAGUUUUAUGAUACGUUUUAGGUUGUGUUCUUUUUGUAGGAAAUUGGUAGAAUUAUAUUUCUUUGAUCUUUCUUUUCUCUCGUAUAUAGAUCUCAUAUGUACCAAUUUUGGUUUUGGGUACAUUUUCCUUUAAUUUAUUUUUUCUUUUCAAUUACCUUAAAUGCAAGGUUCGGUUUUGAUUGUGAUUUCCUUAAUGUUCAUACGAGGGGCGGAGCCACACUUCUUCAAGGGUGGUCAUAUGAACACUGAAAAAAUUGUCAGAUGCCUAUAUUUUUUUGUUCUUUCUUUUCUCUCAUAUAUAGAUCUCAUAUGUACCAAUUUUGGUUUUGGGUACAUUUUCCUUUAAUUUAAUUUUUCUUUUCAAUUACCUAAAAUGCAAGGUUCGGUUUUGAUUGUGAUUUCCUUAAUGUUCAUACAAGCAGAUAUAAUAAUCUAUGCA